AUGAUCGACUCGAGCGAGUUCCGUUCCCAGAUGGGAGAUGUGACUUAUCAUACACUGAACGGCAGGAUGAGCCCUAGUUACAGCCCAAACAACUACGCCACUCUGACUCCGUUACAACCACUUCCUCCGAUCUCCACUGUUUCGGAUAAAUUCAGUCAUGUCAACGUAUCCGGCCCUAACGUCAGCGGCAGCUUCACGCUUAUGUCACAAAACAAUGGACUUGGGCCAGGCAUCAUGGACAUGUCAGCCUACGGACACAGGUACCACGAGAAGCUGGGGAUGGGGGUGAGUAUGAAUAUGGGCCCGACCUUAGGGGCCACAGCAAUGACCAUGAUGUCAGGUAACAACUUAAGCUACCAACAGAGUCUUGGCUCUUACGGGUAUGCCCAGAAUGGACUGGCAUCACCCAAAUCAGAGCCCAAGAUGGCAUCCCCUAACAGCUAUGUUGACUCUUACGCCGCAUCUCCGAUGCGAAUAGACCACAACGCAGUGAGAUUACACUCUCCGAGUUCUAUGAUGGUAUCCAUGAAUGGAAUUCACAGUGCCCCUACUCCAUCACCUCACAGCGAAAGUCCACAGCGUGAACGUCCUGGAACAUCACUGGACCUUCAGAAACCCCAGCAGCAAGAGAUAGAGGAGAUAAACACAAAAGAACUUGCCCAGAGAAUCAGCAGUGAACUCAAACGCUACAGUAUCCCACAGGCAGUUUUCGCACAGAGGGUUUUGUGUCGGAGCCAAGGUACACUUAGUGACCUUUUACGAAACCCGAAACCGUGGAGCAAACUUAAAUCAGGAAGGGAAACGUUUCGUCGAAUGUGGAAGUGGUUGCAAGAGCCAGAGUUUCAAAGGAUGUCGGCGCUUCGCCUAGCA